CAACAGACACCGGUGUCCCGUAUAGUUCCUGCUGGAAGCUCUGUUGUUGGUGUGGUCCCGUCGUCAAUGCAGGAGCGGGCGCUCGCACCGUGGGGCACAGUUGAAGAGGUGCGCUUAAAUAAGCGUAGUGACCGAAAGGCAAAAGAAGCCGUCGACAAGCAGGAUGGCCUUAAGACGAAAGAUGAGACUCGAACGAUGCGUGCCGAGAAAAAAAGGAACAGCACAGAGUCGAAGAGCAAAUUAUCUUCAAGUAAAACAGGUACAAGCGUGCCGGCUGCAUCGAAGAUCUACUCAAGUGGUAAAAUGAGAAAUUCGAAUUCGAUAAAUCAAAGUAGCAGAACGUCGCUAACAGGCAAAAGUUCAACAAGUUCCCAUGGCACUACAGCGAAAUCGGGUGCUACCAAUGCUCUAAAAAGCUCAGACAGCGUACUUAAAGAAAGUGACCUACUGAAAAAUGGGAUAAGGAAGUUCAAGGAGGCCACAGAUAAGAACAAUGAUGUUAAACAGCGACACAAGGAGACAAGGGAACAUGGCAACAAAGAAAAAUACGGGCAGUCUUCGUCGGCUGCUAGGAAUUCAUCAGCCAACGUACGCAAUAACAUAUCGAAUGAAAAAGUCAAGCCAAAGGUGCAAGAGAGCCGUAACGGUAAGGCCGUUACUCAAAAUGCAGAAAAAAGACCAGGAACGUCUGGAAAAUCUCGCCGAGGAAGCACAGCAACCCAUGAGAGCUUCUCCCCUACUUCAGCCAACCGAAAUUCAGAUUCCGACAACCGAAAAGCCGAGGCCAGACUUACAAACAGCCUAGAGCGCAGUAGUAAAACUAGCACGUCGGAUCGUUCAAAAACCUCGCAGAAGAGCGAACUUGGCCGAGCUUACGGUGAAGCGUCAGCAAAUCGAAGGAGCACUGGAUCAUACGGCUACGAUAACGGUGUUUCGCUACCUAAUAAAGGCGUUGAAAAAACUGGCAAUACCACGGAAAACCUCGUUAACGGAUAUGACGGGCUGACUCCUGGUGGAGAACGGGUUGGAUCGGGCCGAUACUCCCGCAGCAAUUCAGGUUCCGAGGCAGAAAACUACUCGGACGACUUUAGCAGUUAUGGUUCCGAUUUCGAGUCGGAUGAAAACGGAGAAGGUACAGUGACAACCAGUAAUUCUAAUGAGGAGAUCGAACCGCUUCCAAAACGAGUCCAAUUUCAAGUAUCCGAGCCGUCACCCGAAAGGUGGCGACCCAUACCACCCACAACACAAAAACCUCAGUCAAACGGAAAAAAGGAAACUGAUGAAAAUAUAAGAGCGCACGAGAUUCUAUCGUUUAUCCACCUCGACAGGUCAAAGCAUUUAGCACUUCAUUUCGAGGGCCUUCAGUAUGACAACUAUAUGGCAGCGUUCGGAGCAUGUGACCGCCGGCAGAGAGCGACGCAAACAACAGAACGAGUUGAAGACGAAUGUCAAACCGAGCCCAGGCUGAUUCGUGAACUUUGGACCCAGCACCCCGCCAAGGGUAUACAAGGCCCAGUCAGGGGAUCGGGGGUCGGAAUCGUGCGCGUUGUAGACGCGCUUGCAUUGUCACGAUUCGUGCAGUCGGCAGCCGCUGUCAUCCUCGAAGUUAUUGAAGAAGAUCUGGACGUUAGCGCUAGAAUGAAUAUCAACAUUUCAUUUACGGGGAGCGGGAUUAAUGGUCUCAGUGUUACGCGGGUGAAUUUGCCCCUUUACCACUCACUACCAGUGAUUGACGUCGCUACAGCUCCUUCAAAGGCUUCUCGUAUAGCAUGCGCAUUUCAAACCCAGAAAGAAGAGGAUAACGGUGUGCCAGAGUGCGGUCUUGGUCUUUGGGAUUCAAGGGAACCCAUGCAACCGAAAGAAUUUUUGACAUGCCGAAGUCCUCCCCAGCGAUUAACAUGGCUUGGGGACGAGAUUGUGGUUGCCGCCUUAGAAGACAGUAGUCUUGCGGCCUGGGACCUGCGUCGCACUACAUCGUCCAUUACGCCGGCCGCCGGUUUUAGCAACUGGGGUGGAUUGAUGGUGCCGCGACGAGCGGCAGCGUUCAGCUCAGCAUUGGAAAGUAAAGAGCUGUGCCGGAUCGUUGGCUUAUGUUCAUUGACAACAAGGCGUGGAGAACUGAGCGACAAUGAAGAAGAAACGUCCAUAGUUACACUAGACUUCGAAGGACACCUUGUCUUUUGGUCGUUGUUUCAUAUCCAGGAAACUGACAACGCCCUCGACGAUCUCAUGGUAGCGCCACAAUCAACGAUUAAGCUCGUCUGUUCAGCUAGAAUAAAGCUUUCGCUCAACAAUUUGCAAUUUACUGCGCUUUCUGUUAUUGAUCAGGAACUCUUCAUUGGUCGUGAUGAUGGAGGGGUUUUCCAUUUAAAUCGUCAUGCAACGCCAAAGUUCCCUAAAGCUUACACUGCCCGACCAACUGGCGCGAACGAGGUGGAAGUGCCGUCCGGAGCCGUAACCUGUCUGUGUGGGGUUGGGCGCUAUUUAGUAGUCGCCAGUAGCGCCACAAGGGACAGCUCUACCCUGAGGAUAUUUGACCGGGUCUCUGCGUAUCCCCUCCGGACAGUUACACACUGGGCACGCGUGAGCAGCGUACUAGGUGUUUCCAUGGGAUUAGAGCAAACUACAACGUCUUCUACGGCGUUAUUGGUCAACGCAGACUAUCAGCUCUGUCGAUUCGAUCUCAACUCCACCAGUAUUGAACUACUCUAUGAAAAUGUACAGUCCCUGAGCAUUCAUAAAGCUACAGACAUGAACGUCCUCUUAAUCGGUCGCGUGGAUGGAGCGUUAGAGUUUUUCUCGUUUGCGUUAAGAAGCGUCAAUUUCAUCAACUUAAAUCACUAAAUAAACAUUACUUAUAUUGAGAAACAUUUACUUUACAGAUAGACCUUUUUUGCACCUAAGCUAGUAAAACAUUAAAGAAAGCAAGACCUGUUAUAUAAUCUUCUGGUCAUAAAGUAUAGUUCGCUGUAUAAUUUCAUCUAUCAGCAGGUAACUGUGCGGGUAACAGUAAUUAGGAGGUCCGCUUCCUCUAAGCUAUUUAGCGUCCACUUCCGUCAUCAUAACGUGGGUGGCCUGGGUCUAUUAAAUACGAUUGACAGGAUUACCCCCUACGAUGUCAUUGCCAUAGCCUAGCAUCGUCAAUUGAAAAUAAUUGGCUUUUUUUUUUUUCUAAACUCGCCUGCAUAUUGAAAAUGCUCAUUUUUCAUAGUCGUGGGGUAUUCGCACCUGAAAAUUAGUGUUCUGUUACUGCUACGCUAAAUGAAAUACUAAGUAUCCUAAACCGGCAAUCACAUUUAAUCAUAGAUUUCAUGA